AUGGGGACAGAGAUCGAACUUGACGUCGAGGGCCAGACGGAGCCUCCUAUAUGUGGCUUCAAAAGUCCAACAACGUCCAAAACAACCACACGGUCCCCGACCUUGACUACGCUCAACACUGGGACCAUCAUCGGAGAAGAAUGUGAAGGCGGGGCCGACGACGACGCCACUGUCAACCGUGCGUCGGGAGAUACCACCGCCACCACUACUACUACCGAAACCGGAACCGGAGCCGGACCCAGCCGUCUCCCGUCCUUUACCCCCGAAGCGGCCCACACCCUUUCGGUGCCGGACGUCUCUGCUCUUCUCAACACCAACCCUGAAAAUGGAAUCGACAGCAAUGAAGCUGCCCGUCGUCUACAGCACCAUGGCCCCAACAAGGUUGAGGGUGCCAAGGGUUUAUCCCUUUGGACGAUUCUCAUGAGACAAGUCUCCAACAGCUUGACUCUUGUCCUCGUUAUCACCAUGGUCCUGUCUUUUGCCAUCAGUGACUAUAUCGAAGGCGGUGUCAUUGCUGCAGUCAUUCUUCUCAACAUCAUAGUCGGCUUCCUGCAGGACUAUCGCGCCGAGCAAACCAUCCAGGCUUUGUACGCCCUGUCGGCGCCCACCUGCAAAGUGAUCCGGUCCGGGGCCACCACUACCAUCAAAGCCGAGGCACUCGUGCCAGGUGACAUUGUCCGCCUCAAUGUCGGCGAUGUCGUCCCCGCCGACCUCCGUCUCGCCACCAGCAUCAACCUCUCUACCGAUGAGGCCCUGUUGACCGGCGAAUCGCUGCCCGUCAGCAAGCAUGCUGAGGUGGUCAUGGCCCGGGACCGCGAGGUCCCUCUCGGUGACCGCUCUAACAUGGUCUACUCAGCUAGCACCAUUACUCGCGGGCGCGCCACUGGCAUCGUUGUCUCCACGGGCAUGGGCACCGAAGUAGGCAAAAUCGCGGGCCUGUUGCGCGAUAGCAAUGGCGGGCGCAACAAGAAGCACGUCGACAAAGAAGAAAUGGGAGCACUCCGCUCGCUGCUCGUCCGUGCCCGAAACGGCAUGCGCGUCCUCCUCGGCCUCGACGGCACUCCGCUGCAGGUCACGCUGAGCAACAAGUUCGACGUCACGGACGAGGUUCUCAUCUAUGGUAUCUGCGUCGCCGUGGCCGUCAUCCCUGAGUCUCUCAUUGCUGUGUUGACCAUCGCCACCGCGCUCGGCACUCAUGCCAUGGCCCGCGGAAACGUGGUUAUCCGCAAGCUAGCCGCACUUGAGGCGGUGGGCGGGGUCACCAACAUCUGCUCGGACAAGACGGGAACGCUGACGCAGGGAAAGAUGGUGACCAGAAAGGUCUGGCUGGUUGAUGGUACCGAGGUCGAAGUCCAGGGGACGACGCAUCCUUUUGAUCCUACCAGCGGGUCGGUCAAGAUCGGAGAGGAAACCCUGAAGAGGCCAUUGGCGAAAAAGGGAGAGAAUCUCAAAGAAUUUCUGGAGAGCAUUGCGCUCUGCAACAACUCGGCUGUUACCAAGGCCGAGACUUAUACGGCUAUCGGUGAGCCCACCGAGAUUGCGUUGCAGACGUUUGCGAUGCGUUUUGGUAUGGGAAAGCCAAGUGUCUUGGCUGCUGAUGAUGGACAGUCUCGGCAGCAGCAGCUGCUACUCGCCGAGUACCCCUUUGAUUCAUCCUGCAAGAGGAUGACGGUCGUUUACACAAACACGGAGAGCGGAUCUUCUGGUGCUGCUUACGCUUACACCAAGGGUGCGCUCGAAGCUCUGCUGCCUUUGCUUGACGCUUCCGACGAGCAGAAGAUUGAAGUCGUAGCUAAGGCGGAAGCCCUUGCUGCCCAAGGUCUGCGUGUCCUUUGUGUUGCCAAGCGUUCCGUCGAUGGAGCCCUCUUUCAGUCCGCUGCAGCAGUCCAGAAGUGUCAAGCAGCUGGUAUCACGGUCCACAUGGUAACCGGCGACCACGUCAAGACUGCAACGGCGAUUGCCUGCGAGAUUGGUAUCAUCAAGCCGAGCAGACAAACUGAUGGGACCCAGGUGAUGGUGGCCAGCGCUUUUGACAGUCUCACAGAUGCCGAAAUUGACUCUCUGGAAAGUUUGCCCUUGGUGCUUGCGAGAUGCAGCCCGUCAACAAAGGUUAGAAUGGUCGAAGCCAUGCAUCGGAGAAAGGCAUUUUGCGUCAUGACUGGUGAUGGCGUCAACGACUCCCCCGCCCUCAAGAAGUCGGACGUGGGCAUUGCCAUGGGCCUGAGCGGUAGUGAUGUCGCCAAAGAGGCGGCGGAUAUGGUUCUUACAGAUGACAACUUUGCCUCCAUUGUUACCGCCAUCGAAGAGGGAAGAAGGCUCUUUGAUAACAUUCAAAAGUUCCUUCUACACCUCCUCAUCUCCAAUAUCGCCCAGGUCAUUCUGCUCCUCAUUGGCCUUUCGUUCAAAGACAAUGCCGGCGUCUCCGUGUUCCCGCUCUCCCCGCUCGAAAUCCUCUGGGCCAACCUGGUCACCUCCUCUUUCCUCGCCCUUGGUCUCGGCCUCGAAGAUGCCCAGCCGGACGUGAUGCAGCGCCCUCCGCACGACCUCCAAGUCGGCAUCUUUACGCGCGAGCUGAUCAUUGACAAGUUCGUCUACGGCACCGCCAUGGGCGGACUCUGUCUGGCGGCCUUCACCAGCGUGGCAUACGGCAUGUCAGGCGCUGACGGGCUCGGCGAGGGCUGUAACGAGGACUGGUCUUCGGAAUGCGGCGUGGCAUUCAGGGCGAGAGCGACCACGUUCGCUACGCUAACCUUCCUACUACUUGUCACGGCGUGGGAGUGCAAGCACUUUACCCGGUCGCUGUUCAACAUGCAUCCAGAGAAGUACUCGGGCCCACUGUCCGUCUUCAGGACGGUUUGGCAGAACAAGUUCCUGUUUGGCGCCGUGUCAGCCGGCUUCGUGAUUUGUUUCCCUGUCAUCUACAUCCCGGUUAUCAACCACGUGGUCUUUAAGCAUAAUGCCAUCACGUGGGAGUGGGGCGUCGUUGCUGCUUGUGUGGUUGUUUAUGUGGCCAUUGUCGAGGCUUGGAAGGCUCUCAAGAGACGGACUUACAAGCCCAAUAUCGUGACUCCAGUUGGUGGAGAGGGAGUGUAA